AUGGAAGAAAGAACAGUAACUAUAGAAAUCCCUGAAGUUCUGAAGAAGAAGCUUGAGGAUGAUUGUUACUGUAUCAACAGGAGGAAACGUUUAGUCAAAGUUCCAUGUGAGACCAACAUCAUAACUAUUUUGGAAUUGUACGUGAAGCACUUUGCUAACAAUGCAGCCUUUUCAGCCAAUGAGAGGCCUCAUUACCAUCAUGCUAUGCCACACGCCAACAUGAAUGUGUAUGAUAUCCCAUUAGAAAAGAACGUUGACCUUUGUAAGGAGAUGGUGGAUGGAUUAAGACUAACCUUUGAUUACACUCUCCCACUGGUUUUGCUCUAUCCAUAUGAACAAGUUCAGUAUAAAAAGGUGACUUCGUCCAAAUUUUUUCUUCCGAUUACGGAAAGUCCCACAAACACUAACAGGAACCAGGAGGAGCUCUCUCCAAGCCCACCUUUAUUGAAUCCAUCCACACCACAGUCCACAGAGAGUCAGCCAACCUCAGAUGAACCAACCACCCCCAAAAGGCCCAAAGCCGAGCCGGAAGCCUUACAGUCUCUGAGGCGGUCCACGCGCCGUUCUGCCAAUUGCGACAGGCUGUCCGAGAGCAGCGCCUCGCCUCAGCCCCAGCGCCGGCAGCAGGACAUGUCCGCCAGCAUGCCCAAGCUGUUCUUGGACCUAGAAAAGAAGACAUCUGUUCAUAGCAGAUCAUCCUCACCUGUUCCUCUGACCCCUAGCAAGGAAGGGAGUGCGGUGUUUGCUGGAUUCGAAGGCAGAAGAACCAAAGAAAUAAAUGAGGUCCUCUCCUGGAAACUUGUACCGGGGAGUUAUCCUCCAGGUGACCAACCUCCUCCACCCUCUUACAUUUAUGGGGCGCAACAUUUGCUGCGUUUGUUUGUGAAACUUCCUGAAAUCCUUGGAAAGAUGUCCUUUUCUGAGAAGAACCUGAAGGCUUUACUGAAGCACUUUGAUCUCUUUCUGAGGUUUUUAGCCGAGUACCAUGAUGACUUCUUCCCAGAGUAUGCCUAUGUUGCUGCCUGUGAAGUGCAGAACAGCAGGAAGAACCCCAGGGCGAUUUGA